UACUGCAAAACGCUAAAAACGGUUUCUUCUACCGACGACCUUAACCUUACUCAAAGCAAUGGAUGGUCUUGUGUCGUACUGCUCUAGUGGCGAGGAGGAGGAUGGCAGCCCACACACCACCUCUCAAGAUGUACUAGAUGCUCUCAAGAGUAAACUGCCCCUCAACUCUGCACCGCCUGUUCCUAUGAAGGAGAGUCCACUGUCGCUGCUGCGUGUGGACCCAAAGGCUAAGCAAGUGGCAUUCAACCCUACAGUAGAUCAACUGUUCACUCCAGAGGUGGGUCCAGUUAAUCCGUUCAAAACAAGACAACAGAAAGCAGACAAAAACAUUCUGACAGGACAUGUUGAACCAGCACACUUUGAUCACUUCCAGUUUGAGAACCAGCGCAGAACCUUUCACUCGUACGGUUAUGCUGUGGACCCUACUGCCAGCUCUGCAAGUGCAGAGUAUGUCCCCUACACACACCCACCCACCCACACCCACACACACACACCCACGCACACACACAUACACAGGGUGAUAGGAGAGCGUGAACGGGCUGGAGAGUUAGAGGGAGUAACAGUGUUUGAAGCUAAGACAGUCUCUACUGGGGUCAAGCGUAAGCGUCUUGAUAAAGGUGAUCCAGGAGAGGUAGAUGGUUAUGAGGGACCAUGGAGGGCAUAUGUGGAUCAGGUGACUGUUUCUAAACCCACUGAGAAACAAAUGGCCGUCCUAGAGGAACAACUCGGGGAGAGGAAGAAGAAGAGACAAGUCAAAGAAACAGAGGAGACUAUUGUGGAGUCCAGCUUGCUUCAUGUUGACAACCCCUAUGACUACUUGGGUCGCUCCUACCUGCAUAUACCUCAGGAUCAGGAUGUUGACCUACGCACCGAUGACCCACCAGACAAAUGCUAUGCUCCUACUAAACUCAUUCACACUUGGGCUGCCCAUAACAAGGUGAGUGCCAUCCGCCUGUUCCCAGGCUCUGGUCAUCUCCUCCUCUCCUCUGGGAUGGACUCAAAGAUAAAGCUCUGGGAGGUGUAUAAUGAUAGGAGGUGUUUGCGCACGUUCCUGGGUCAUGGGAAAGCUGUUCGGGACAUCAGCUUCAACAAUGAUGGCUCAAAGUUCCUGAGCUGUAGUUACGAUCGUUAUGUCAAACAAUGGGACACUGAAACUGGUGCGUGUAUCGGUCGUUAUGGCAACGGUAAGACUCCCUAUUGUGUGCGCUUCAAUCCUGAUGAGGACAAACAGAACCUGUUUGUAGUAGGCUGCUCUGACAAGAAAGUGUAUGCUUGGGAUACAGUCUCUGGGGAGGCAGUGCAAGAGUAUGACCGUCAUCUAGGAGCAGUCAACACCAUCACCUUUGUGGAUCAGAACAGACGCUUUGUGACUACCUCUGAUGACAAGAGCCUCCGAGUGUGGGAGUGGGACAUUCCAGUGGAUAUGAAAUAUGUGGCAGAGCCUGCAAUGCACUCCAUGCCAUCAGUCACUGUCCACCCCACUGGAAAAUGGUUGGGCUGUCAGAGUAUGGACAACAAGAUCAUGGUAUUUGGUGUCCACAAUAACUUCAGACUCAAUAGGAAGAAGACCUUCAGAGGACACAUGGUCUCUGGUUAUGCAUGUCAACUUGACUUCUCUCCAGAUGGAACGUAUGUGGUGUCAGGUGAUGCUGAUGGGAAGCUAACUGUUUGGGAGUGGAGAAGCACACGAAUCUUCACUAGAUUCAAAGCUCACGAGAGUGUGUGUAUUGGUUGUGCCUGGCUGCCCCACGAAACCUCUAAAGUGAUCACUUGUGGCUGGGAUGGGAACAUCAAACUAUGGGACUAAUAAUGACAAACACACCUAUAAUUAUAAUUAUAUAUAAAUAUAAUGUUUGUUUUUUCAUUCUUUUUGCUUUCAAUAUCAUGCUUUCAAUAUCAACACAUUCUUUGCACAAAAACAACCAUAAACUGAUGAAUGAUG